AUGCUCGCCAGCCGUUCAAUAUCCCGGAAGGUCUUGCGCCCGGCCUCCUGGAAACAGUCAUCCUUUCCCACAGUUGUCGCCUCUUUGAACUUGUCACGAUGGAGUCGGGGCUUUGCUUCCGCCUCUGAUGAAAAGGACCUGGUCAUUAUUGGAGGCGGUGUUGCUGGAUAUGUCGCCGCCAUCAAGGCUGGCCAAGAGGGCCUGAAGGUUACCUGCAUCGAGAAGCGCGGCACCCUCGGAGGCACCUGUCUCAACGUCGGCUGUAUUCCCUCGAAAUCGCUCCUCAACAACUCGCACUUGUACCACCAGAUUUUGCACGACACCAAGAAUCGCGGCAUCGAGGUCGGUGACGUCAAGCUCAAUCUCACAAACUUCAUGAAGGCCAAGGACAGCGCCGUCAACGGUCUGACAAAGGGCGUCGAGUUUCUCUUCAAGAAGAACGGCGUCGAAUAUAUCAAGGGCGCCGGCUCCUUCGUUAAUGAGAACGAUAUCAAGGUCGCCCUCAACGAUGGGGGUGAGACAACUAUUCGUGGCAGGAACAUUCUCAUUGCCACCGGCUCCGAGGCUACCCCCUUUCCAGGCCUCGAGGUGGACGAGAAACGCGUCAUCACUAGCACUGGCGCCAUUGCGCUCGAGAAAAUCCCCGAGACGAUGCUUGUUAUCGGCGGCGGCAUCAUUGGUCUCGAGAUGGCCUCGGUGUGGUCGCGACUGGGUAGCAAAGUCACCGUCGUCGAGUUCCUCGGUCAGAUCGGCGGGCCCGGAAUGGACACUGAGAUCGCCAAGGCCACGCAGAAGCUCUUGAAGAAGCAGGGCAUGGAGUUUAAGCUCAACACCAAAGUCAUCAGUGGCGACAAGACGGGCGACAAGGUCAAGCUUGAGGUGGACGCGGCAAAGGGCGGCAAGGCCGAGAGUCUCGAAACCGACGUCGUCCUGGUUGCCAUUGGCCGACGCCCGUACACCCAAGGCCUCGGCCUCGAGAACAUCGGCAUGGAACUCGACGAGCGCGGCCGUGUCAUCAUUGACUCGGAGUACCGGACAAAGAUUCCCCACAUCCGCUGCGUCGGUGACGUCACAUUCGGUCCCAUGCUGGCCCACAAGGCCGAGGAAGAAGCCGUCGCGGUUGUCGAGUACAUCAAGAAGGGCUUCGGUCACGUCAACUACGGCGCCAUCCCGUCCGUCAUGUACACCUACCCCGAGGUUGCUUGGGUUGGCCAGAGCGAGCAGGAUCUCCAAAAGCAGAAGAUGCCCUACCGGGUUGGAACCUUUCCCUUUAGUGCCAAUUCGCGCGCCAAGACCAACCUGGACACGGAUGGGAUGGUCAAGAUGCUGGCAGACCCUGAGACGGACCGCCUCUUGGGCGUGCACAUCAUUGGCCCCAAUGCGGGCGAGAUGAUUGCCGAGGGCACACUGGCCCUUGAGUACGGCGCCUCGACCGAGGACAUUGCACGGACAUGCCACGCUCAUCCGACACUGGCGGAGGCGUUCAAGGAGGCCGCUAUGGCUACCAGCUCCAAGGCUAUCCAUUUCUGA